CUGGUUGGCAAUAAUAAGAGAAUGCUGUUGAUCAACAACCUCAACUUGCCCAUAUGCUUGUAUAUAUACCUACGCCAUAGUUCUACUUUAUACCUCUUCAGGUCCAGUAAUCUUCAAUUGUGAGAUAUCAUACGGAGUGAAACACAAACCAAUCUCAGAGAGAGAGAGAGAGAGAGAGGAACAAAGUUUCUUGGAUGGGAAAUUACAAGUUCAGACUAUCAGAUAUGAUGCCCAAUGCUUGGUUUUACAAGCUCAGAGACAUGAGCAAGACCAGAAACCCCAAAGCCUCUCAUCACCCCAUCAGGAAAAAGCUUCCAACAUCACAUAUCCCACAUUCUUCUCACCCAAGACCCUCUUCCUACUACUACCAUAUCCCAGAACCCGCUAGAUCAGCUGAUAAUUUCUACAACUCACCCAAAAACCCAAAAUACCCUGAUACCCAAUUCCCUGAUUUUCCAAGAAAAUCAUCCUCCAAGAAAAAACACAAGAGAAAAACCAUCUACAAGCCAUCUCCAAGGCUUCCCACCUCCUCUUUCCCGGCCCACUUUUCCUCUUCAUCUGAAGAAAGUUCUCCUGAAUUUGGACCCAAAAAGAGUCACGAUUCACAUUCAUCCAAUGGAUCACUACCCUCCUGGUCAAGUUCUUGCAAUUGCAGAAUCACUUCUUCAACUACUGAUAUCAUCAUUGACAUCAAUGAGGAAUCCUAUUCCAAGACAAUUGAGAGCAAGAAGAUAGACGUGUUCGAUCAAAUUCCCGAGCUUCAACAACUUCCUCCAAUCUUGACAAAGCCAAAGGUCGCCUCCGCCUCUCCCGGAUUCGACAAGGACCCUAUAAAGAUUAUCAAAGAGGAUUCCAUCAAAGCCCAGAAGGAGACCAGAACUAGUCCCCGGACCCGAAAAUCGGUCUCGUAUUCGAAUGGAGUGAAGCUCAGAGCCAAUUCUCCGAGAAUAGGAAGCAGAAAAUUGGUCCAAUCCUGCGGGCGAAGAAGCAGGUCGUACGGGAAGAGGAGGAGCUUCUCGGCGAGCCUGGCAGUGGUGAAGUCGUCGUUCGAUCCGCAGAGGGACUUCAGGGAAUCAAUGGUGGAGAUGAUUGUGGAGAACAAUAUCCGGGCUUCAAAGGAUUUGGAAGAGCUUCUGGCAUGUUACCUCUCCUUGAAUUCAGAUGAGUACCAUGAUCUCAUUGUUAAGGCCUUUCAGCAAAUCUGGUUUGAUAUGGCCCACCUCCGGUUGUAAAGUACCCCAUUCUCUUCUCUAUUUUUUCGUAUCAUAUAUAGUCCUAUAAAUGUCUCUAGAAAUAUUCAGUUUAUGACAGUUGCUUAGUAUGUUAAUAAUUUUGGGUUGAGGAAUUUAUCCAAAAGUAGUACUCCUACGUUGUGCGGUAGAAACAAA